AUGGCGGAUAAUGAUGAAAGCUUCGAAUUGGUAACACUGAGGUUGGCCGGGCAAGAGACGUGGCGUGACGAGCUGGUGGUGGCGCGGUGGCGUCGGGGGCUCGGCUUACACCCGCCAUCUGCGGACCUCUAUCCCAGCAGGUUGGCAGACCUACAUGGGCGUCGGAUGAUACUUGCAGUACUCGACUAUCCGCCAUAUGUCAUACUCAACAGCGACGCUAAUGUAUUCGAUGGUGUUGAGACACGCAUCAUUUUAGAGCUCGUGAAAAAGGUGAAUGCAACGUGGAGCGUGCUUGAAGAUACAACGUAUAAGUGGGGCACAGUAUGGGAGAACGGCUCUGGAAACGGUAUGCUGGGCGCCGUGGCGGUGGACGAGGCGGACCUGGCGUUCGCUGCGGUCUACCCCUGGUACCCCGAGUACCUGUUCUUGGAGUACUCGCGGCCCUAUAUCAGGGCCGGCAUCGCGUGCCUGGCUCCGCGGCCGCUGCUGUUACCUGGCUGGCAGGUCCCCAUACUGCCCUUCUCACCUCCCCUGUGGGCGGCCGUCGGUUGCUCCGUGGUUUUCGCCACGGCUGCACUGUACGCUGUGAAGAAACUAUCGGAUCGGGUUCUUGGUACAGGCGAUGGGCCGGCAGGUGGGCGGUACUCGACGGUGGAGGACUGCUUCUUCCGUUCUUUGGGCCUGCUGGUGCUACAGACACCGGACGUGGAGCGGCGCCACACACGUGUCGUGGGCCCCACGCGCCACGUGCUGUCCUGGCUGCUGAUCGCCUACCUGCUCGUCACCGCCAGCUACGGCAGCGGACUCUCCUCCGUGCUCACCAUACCCAGAUAUGAGCCUCCCAUAGACACCGUGGUUGACUUGCAUGACAGUGGGCUGCAGUGGGCACAAAUCGACAGUGCGUUCCUCAACUCGCUCAGAGGACUUACAGAUCAAGUCUACCUGGACCUGAUAGAGCGUUUCCGGGUGCUCACACCAGACGUCCUGCGUUCUCGAGUCACCACACGAGACUUGGCGUUUAUCGUCGAGAGACUUCCUGGAGGGUACUUUUCCAUUGGUGACUAUAUCGACGAGGAAGCGCUGAGCAAAUGGUUGCGACCGAUGCGCGAGGACAUCUACUGGGAGCAUGUGGUGUUUGCGGUCCGCAAAUGCUGGCCUUACCUUGAGCAGCUCAACGACAUCAUCGACAGACUCUUCGAGGCUGGGAUUAUAAGCGCAUGGGAGGGACAGGUAUCUCGCAAGUGGCUGGUCCCGCGAGUGCAGCUGGCAGCCCAAGUAGGGUUGCGCUCGUACGCGCAGGCGCCUGAUGGACCAAUCAAGCUGCAGCUGACCCACGUGCAGGGAGAGUUCGCUCAGCUCAUCCUCGGCCUCUGCCUGUCGCUGGUCGUCUUCCUGCUGGAGAUCGUCUUCCACUGGAAGACCAAUGGUGCCACAGGGUUCCAGUUUAACUCCACGAUUAAGGUGUCACUGAAGAUGAAUCGUCGAGAGGGUUCUCUGAAGGAAUAG